UGAACAAAUUCCUUGUGAUGGCCACGGAUUACCUAUGCUGUAGCUUAAUGUGAUGUUUAAGGCAUGAAGUGCUCUCAAUAUUUGCGAUUUGUGGUCAAUAUAGUGUUACUGAACUUGAAAAUGUUGUAUUUUUAAAUUGUAGACGCAACAGACUGAUCAAUAAUUACGAGGUGUUGAUAUGAGCCAGCUUUGUGGGGGCUCGUCUGAUGUUGGUCCAAGCUCAAGCCAGUCCGAUGAUGGAACGUCUCGUAUACCACCACAGCCUCCUCCUGCAUCCUCAUCAGGAGGGUCAUCUUCAGGAAGUGCUGCUGCAGCAGACCAGUCCUCACGACAGAGUAAUCUUCAACGAAUCCAACAGCGCAAACAGCAAGUGUAUAACUGGCCCCAUAACAAGAAACUCCUCAAGCUGGCCAUCUACUCUGCUUGUCAGGCUGAUGACUGCAAAUGCAAUGGAUGGAAGACACCAAUACCACCUGCAAAAUCUCCUCGAGUAGAUGUUUCCCAGCCUUUAGCAAGUUUCACUGAUCCUUGUCGUAGCUGCGCACACGUGCUAGAAUCACAUGUGAGUCAUCUUGCACCACUGUCAGAAGAAGAAGCAAAUCGACUUCUAGGAAUGGUGGUUGAUGUUGAAAACAUCUUCAUGAGCAUGCAUCGUGAAGAAGAUGCUGAUACGAAACGUGUGUACUACUACCUUUUCAAGUUGCUGCGUAAGUGUAUACUAACAAUGACAAGACCUACCAUUGAAGGACCUCUUGGUCAGCCACCAUUUGAAAGGCCAAGCAUAGCAAAAGCUAUUACGAAUUUUGUUCUCUACAAAUUUGGACAUCUUGCUCAAAGGGAAUGGCAAACAAUGUAUGAUUUGGCCAAGAUGUUCUUACAUUGUCUUAACCAUUGGAACUUUGAGACUCCAAGUGCAAGACGACAUGUUACAGCAGAAGAAGUGUCUGCAUACAAGAUAAACUAUACCAGGUGGCUGGUAUUUUGCCAUGUUCCAGCAUUUUGUGAUUCUUUACCUCAUUUUGAGACAACACUAGUGUUUGGGCGCACAUUGUUACGUGCUGUGUUUCGUUCUGUGUAUCGUCAGCUCAUGGACAAAUGCCACAAUGAACGUGACAGGAUGCCUCCUGAGAAAAGGGUUCUUGUUCUUACACAUUUUCCCAGGUUUUUGUCACUGUUGGAAGAAGAAAUUUAUGCAGUGAGUUCUCCAAUUUGGGAUCCAGAAUUCAAGCAGGUUCCACCUAGCCAUCUGCAGGUGACUUUAGAAACUAAGCUUCCUACUACAACAGUAACAUCUGCAUUGAGGCGUGGUGGGGAAUUUGAAAAACUAACUGUGCCACCAAGUGAUAAGGACAACUUCACCACUGUUAACCUGAGUCCAGGAUUUGGAAAGAAGCAACUUAGAGAAGGAGGCGCUGCGAGUUUGGGUGAAAAGAGGAUUGCAUCUGUGACACUUGAAGGAGCAAGUUUCCAACCAUCUGAUGCCAAGAAACGUCGCCUGGUUCCAGAGUCAAUGGAAGAUUUGCCAGAGGCUACUGUUGCAGAAAUUAUUGCUACAAUAGAUGCACCACCAAACAUGGUUGGCCCUGAGGCAGUUUUCCCUGAGAAUGCACCACGAGAUGAAACAGCCAAACAAGAGGAGUUGCGAGGAAUCAUAUCAUUUCAUGUUGUUGGCAAUUCACUAACAUCAGCAGUUUCAAAGCAGACAAUGCUUUGGCUCAUUGGUCUUCAAAAUGUGUUCUCCCACCAGUUGCCUCGUAUGCCAAAGGAAUAUAUUUCACGUCUUGUCUUUGACCCGAAACAUAAAACUCUGGCCCUUAUUAAAGAUAAUCGUCCUAUUGGAGGUAUUUGCUUCCGAACGUUCAUGACACAAGGGUUUACAGAAAUUGUUUUCUGUGCUGUAACAAGCAAUGAACAAGUAAAAGGAUAUGGAACUCAUCUUAUGAAUCACCUGAAGGACUACCAUAUUGGACAUAACAUCUUACAUUUCCUCACAUUUGCAGAUGAAUUUGCUAUAGGAUACUUCAAGAAACAAGGUUUCAGUAAAGACAUCAAGUUGUCCCGAAGUGCAUAUCAAGGCUACAUCAAAGACUAUGAAGGUGCUACAUUAAUGCAUUGUGAACUGGAUCGACGCAUAGUCUACACAGAAUUCAUUGCAGUUGUCAGGAAGCAAAAAGAGGUUGUCAAGAAACUGAUCGAAAUGCGGCAGCAGGAGGUGCAAAAAGUUCAUCCUGGUCUCACAUGUUUCCGAGAAGGUGUCCGGGGAAUUCCUGUAGAAAGUAUUCCUGGCAUUAGAGAGACAGGGUGGAGGCCAGCUGCGAGAGCAACAAGGGUUGCUCGAGUCACUGAGGAAUGCAAUGAUCCAGAUACACUACUUACAACACUUAAAAAUGUUCUUACAACGAUAAAAAAUCAUACUGCUGCUUGGCCAUUUCUUAAACCAGUUGACAAGAAUGAAGUUCCAGAUUAUUAUGAUCACAUCAAGUAUCCUAUGGAUCUGAAAACAAUGGGUGACCGCAUCAAGGCUCGUUACUACACAACCCGAAGACUCUUUAUUGCAGAUAUGACUCGAAUUUUCUCCAACUGUCGUCUCUACAAUAGUCCUGAUACUGAAUAUUAUCGAUGUGCGAAUGCUCUUGAGAAAUACUUCCAGACACGCAUGAGAGAACUUGGACUUUGGGAUAAAUAAUAUUGAGAAUUUGUAUUUUGUACAACUGAAGGAAUAAUGUGCUACAAAAAGGGGAAGAAAAAUUAUUUUCCAUGACACUGCAUGGGUAUACCACCAGCUUUCACACAAGAAAAUGUGCCAAUUUUAACAACAAAUGAAUACUGUAUUUACAUCAAGAAAUAGUCCUGGAAAAUACAUAUUUCAUUUCAUCUGUGAAAUGGCUGCAUUUGAGUGACAUUGCUAGGAGUACAAAUAAUAAAGCUAAGUGAGGUAUUAAGACAGUUGAAACCAAUCAUGUACUGUAUUUUCUGUAUAUAAGUAACUGGAUACAGUAAUUAUUAUUAAAAACGAAACUAAACUUAAUUUUCAAGAUUUGCAUUAGGCUUAUACCAAGUUUUCAUUGUACUGGUGACAUGUAACAAACUAAGGUUGAGACUUAUCCAAAGCUUUUAAGGAGUUAUGCUUCUGAUGUUUGUUCAGUGUGUUUGUGCAUGACUGAAUGUAUGUAUGAGACCUUAUAAAUAUAAGCUGACUAUAAUAAAUGUACUAUUUUCCUGUCA